AUGCAACGGAGCGCGCCGUCGGCGGUGCAGUGGUCCGACCUUCCCCACGAGCUUCUCGGCAUCGUCCGCUCCAAGGUCAACUCUCUUUCUAUCGGAGUCCGACUUGCCGCCGUCUGCAAGACCUGGCGCGCCGCCGUGUCGCUGCUCCCUGCGCCGCCGGCUCUCCCGCUGCUGCUCAUCUCACCGAGCGACUGGACGACGGCGACGCCGAGGAGCCUCUACUGCCCCGAGGACGACAGCGUGGUGCGAGUCCCUCUCCCACGCAGCCUCACCAACUCCAUCUGGUACCACGGGUCCUACGACGGAGGCUGGAUCGCCGUAAGGCCGACCCCGAAACCAUGCCCGAGCGUGAUCGUCAACGUCUUCUCCGGCACUGAGCUGACGCUAUCCGAGAAGCACGAGGGGGUUUCAUGUCCAGGGGCCUCCCCAUCCCCAGUCAUAUGGAAAAUCAUCUUCUCCGAGGCCCCUACCUCCAGCAGCUGCAUCCUCGCCGCAAUGGCAACAGAAAAUCUGAUGGAAACCGAUUCCAAGUUCUACAUCGCGUUGCGGAGGCUCGGCUGCCCAGACGGUUGGAGGAAGAUCCAGGGACACGACAAGGAGGGCAUCGCGGACAUCAUGUUCUACCGUGGGAAGCUCUACGGCCUAACGCGCUUCAGCGAAUGCCUACUCAGGCUCGACAUUGGUGUGGAUGACAAUGGCGCACCCGUGGUCACGGCUGCCCGUCGGUUGGCCGUCCAAAAGCGCGACGGCCCGAAAUCCACGGGCAAGAGAGUCAGUGAAUUCUCUACCUACCUAUUCGAGCUGCGUGGCAAUCUCGCAAUGGCGGUGAAGGCCAUAUGGUCGAAGCAAACCGGCAAACCUUAUUUGAGGGUGUAUGAGCUCGUAGACACUACUAGUACCGACGAUACACACAUUUAUAAGUGGUCGGAGGUGCAUAGCUUGGGUUCCCAUGCCUUGUUUUUGGGGCCAAGGUGCUCAUCCAAGGCGGUGGAUGUGCCCGCAGGUGGUCGUGGUGGCGUAGAGGGAAACCACAUCUACUACACGAGCCAUUACUGCCUACGAGAAGAAGAAGAGGAAUAUAAGCCGUGUGUGACUAGGUCCGUUGAUGCUGGCACAAUGUACUUCAUGGAUGAGCAAAGCGUAGGCGACGGCUGCGGUGACUUGGACCGGAUCCCAUCCCUAGGAUACUAUGUUCGGGGCAGCAUUUAUCUUCCCACGUGGUGCUUUCCUCCGGACAUGUAG